CUCACCUUCACCAUCCUUCAUCCGUCACGGUUAUUGCCGUGCUUCAACAGCAUGCGCCCCACGCGCACUGCGCGAAAGCUUAGCAGAUGGACAAUCAUUCAUAAGUGUCGAAUCUGACGGUUGGCAUUUGAACGGCUGCCAUCUCGUUUUCUGAGAGGCUACAACCCGCCUCGUAUGUCCGCCGCUCCGACCUCUGAGACCGUCGCCUUGGUCGGAUACGUGUCUGCUGGAUCGUGUGCUCUAUUCGUGUGGGACAUCCUGGGGAGCUUGAGGGAGGACUUCAUCGUGGCCUUCCAACUCAACUUCCGCCCUUCGUUGAUCCCCUACUUCAUCUCAAGAUCGUUGAUGCUGGUCUACGCAGUGGGAUUCGCCGUAUAUAGCACUCGCUCGCUUGGCGACUGUUCCCGCACUCUUCUGAUUCUGCAAAUCAUCUACGCCCUCGCGACAUGGGCCCGAUCGACCAACUUCCUCCUCCGAGUACGCGCCGUCUACGCCCUGAGCCGCCUCAUCACAUUUCUCUUCUUUGCGCCGUUGCUCGUUGUCGUGGCCGCAUCCAUCACCGCCGCGUUUGGGAUCCACGGGGCCCCAAGCACUCUGGCAUCCGGGGAUCCCGCGUGCGUCGUGUCCCGGAUCGCCCCCUUCGUCGGCUCGACAUGGGCGAUUCAACUCGCUUACGACACCGCCGUAUUCAUCGCCAUCUCCUUCCGGCUUUCCGAGAACACGAAGACUGCAAGUGCGCCGCGAGGCUGGGAGCGUGUACGCAUCAUCGUGUCGGGCACGGGGCCGACGCUCUAUACGUUCUCUCGCAAUAUUAUGCGCGACGGAUGGUGGUAUUUCCUGAUGUCGCUACUCGCCAACACGAUGCUACUCGUCGCCUUCUACAACGCUCGUCUCGAACCAGCACUUAAAGCGGCGCUGAUGAGCCCCGCAGCCGUUGUGCAGUGCAUUUGGGCUGGCCGGGUGUAUCGAAACGCGAAGGUUCGGCACCAAAUGCAGUCCGAGGUCCUCUCGUGGUCCACACCGGACUGACAUUAUGCAUCGAAAUCAUCGCUGGUUCUCUCUUCCUACUUGGCGGCGACAUCCACACAUGCACCAGGACCACACCAGGAGAGAUUCUCACCGAUUCUGUUCCUAUCCAGGACAACCUGUCGACCCUUCGUCAUGAUAAUGGGCGCAGUUAGAAAUCGACAUCGGUUUCAGCGUCCUCCUGGAUCGAGUCAAUCCAUCUGCAGAGAUACGAUUGCAGAGAGUGGUUCCGACUAUUCAUGGGAAAUCACGCAUCCCGGGUUAUUGUCAAGCAGGCACGCGUCAAGAGGCGAGGAAGCGGCCUCGGGAGACUGUCGCAAGCCUCUCAUGGACCCGACCCAGGAGCCCCUACUCGAAUAGAGAGACCAAUGAUCGGCAAUACAACAUUGUGCAUAUACUGUUUCAGAAAUCAAUGGUUCUUGAAGACCUUGAUCGAGGACAAGGUAGGCAGUUCCGCAUUUGUCCUCGGCAAGAUCGCAGACAAAAGGCAACGAACAGACAUUCGCGGAGAUUCAUCACUGGUCUUGUGUUUCUUGUCGAAAGUUUCAAUAGCCAGACGCAGCU